CGGUCGUUCGUAGUUGGAGUCGUCGAAGUGCGACGAGAAAAGAAAAAUAGAAAAACCCUCCUGAGAGAGUUCUUUUCUGCUUCUAUUCAACCCCCUGCUCAACACACAUACAUACAUACACAGUAAUAGAAAAUGGAACCGAUCCCCUAUAUGCUUCGCUUCAAGAGGAGUUUCUUGUUUGCGAUUGGAAAGUGAGAGAGUGAGAGAGCAGCAUGCAAUAUCAAAACAUGUAAUGGGAUAUCGAUAUUUGAGACAGCAAAGAUAUCGAUACUUUAAAAAAAAGUGUUAUGUUUAUAGUGAAAAAUAUUUAUUAAAAUUGUUGUAUAUUUGCAGAGUCUGUAUUUAUGCUUACUGCAAUUUUAAAAGUUUUUGCAAUUCUCAACCUCCCAGUUGGAACAGAGACCUCAGUUAUCCUUAGGACGUCUUCUGAACAUCUUUGGAAAAACAAAAAUGGCGGACUCAAUAUGGCGACCAUUUCAGAUUUUUAGAAACUUUCACAUUAAAACAUUUAAUUUUAAUUUUGGAAAAAGUGAAAUGAGUGGGUACGUGCAAAAAUUAAUUUUGUUUGCAAAAUAAUGAACUAUUUUGUCAAAACAAAAAAUUAGUAAAAGUUUUAUGUUUUGUUCCGUUGAUUGUAUAUGCCCCCCUAACAUGUUUUGUUUCAUAUUCAAAGUUCCAUCGAUAGUAUAGAGUUUCGAUUGGUUCGUGGUUAUCGGGUGGUUCGAGAUCGUUUCCAAGGGUGGUUCGACGUCGGUCGCGGUCGGCGCUCUCGGGAGGUGGCAAGAGUCGACCUCCUCCAACCACCAAGGCUGGAAAUUUAGCUAAGCGCUCGCGCAGUUGUCUCGAGCGCUCCACCACGAGAGCAUUUCUAUUUACCGUUCCUUUUCACAAAGCUUUUGUCUCAUCCUCGAGAGAUAAAAAAAGCAAACGGAAAAAUACGAAAAUAAUGAAAACUAUGUAACGAAAUUUCGAAAAAAAAUUUUUUAAACCAUAAAAAUGAAAAAAUGAACAUAAUUGUGAUUACAGUGAAAAAAGGCACGUGGACACCGAGGUGAUUGUGAUUUAAGGGUGAAAAAAAUAUGUACGCAUGAAAAUGUGCUAAGUGAGUGAAAGUGAUAUUUACUGUGAAGAUGAAACUCAUCAUAAAAGGAUAUAGAGAUGAGUAGAGACGGUGAAAAAAAAUUUUCAGCUACAAGGGUGGAGCACGUGGCGUUAUUAUACAAUCGUGUAUGACUUAAAAUUCUUGCCAAAAAAAAUUUUUUUCUUCCUAAACGAAAAGUAGUUUCACCCAAAUAGAGAAUUAAAAUGAAAAAAAGACUUUCAAUUUUCUGCAAAUUUAACCCAUUAAGGGUUCAAUUAAGCCAACUGGGAUAGAAGGAUUACGCACAUAAAAUAAUUCUAGAGGCUCAAGAUUCUAGGAAAUGAAUCAAGAACGAUGGCUUAUCGAAACGAGAAGAAUGAAUUUACGACAUAAUGAAAGAGGAAAUGGAUGUAUGCACUUCAGGAUGAUGUAUGCCACCUUCUUUGUCAUCUACCUUUACAGUUCACCUGUACAAUGUUCCAGACUAUUUAAUACGGAUUUUCUUCAAGAAUGGCCUACACCAGAGACUGGUCCUUAUUUCGACACGACUGCCCCUGCGAACGUGACGGGUCUCGUAGGGAAACCAGUUCACCUAGUGUGCAGAGUAAAGAACCUCGGUAAUCGAACUGUGUCAUGGGUUAGGCAUCGAGACAUUCAUUUGCUAACCGUUGGUCGUUACACAUACACAAGCGAUCAGCGUUUCGAAGCAUUACACGCACCACACACCGAGGAAUGGACCCUAAGGAUUCGAUAUCCUCAACGGAAGGAUUCUGGAAUCUACGAAUGCCAAAUUUCUACUACUCCACCAAUUGGUCAUCCCGUGAAUCUCAAUAUUGUUGAACCAAUCACCGAUGUCGUAGGUGGACCGGACCUUUUUAUCAACAAGGGCAGCACAAUCAACCUCACGUGCCUCGUCAAGUACGCCCCAGAGCCACCCUCAGCCAUGGUUUGGAGCCACAACCAAGAGGCGAUUAACUUCGACUCUCCAAGAGGUGGUAUUAGCCUGGUUACCGAAAAGGGACCCGUGACUUCCAGCCGUUUACUCAUUCAGAAAGCAAUUCUAAAGGAUUCUGGUCUCUACACCUGCGCGCCAAGUAAUGCCCAUCCAAAUAGCGUUCGAGUUCACAUUCUUAAUGAAGAACACCCAGCGGCAAUGCAUCACGGAAGUGGUGACAGAAUGGCAGCGACGUUACUUCCGGUCGUCCUACUUCUCAGGAUGAUAUUCUAGUAGCCAAAGCACAACGUUAGUCAAAACGAAGACUUUGCGAAACUUCCAAGUGCAACAAACGUAAGAUCAACAAACAAUAUUGGCUUACCUAAAAGUGGAAAUGCUGACUCAACAAUCACACGGAGAAAAUGAUGCCUAAAUACUUUUAUUUCAAAAAUGUAAUAUAAACCAUUUUUACUCAAAAAAAAGAGAAACUAUCUUAUUUAAUUACAGAUAUUAUUUUCUCCGCGUGUUUUGAUAUUGUAUAUCGAGAGCAAUUGCAUGUUGUGUGUGUACCUGUAUUUGAUGAUGAUUAUCGAUCAUGUCCGCUAUUUUCUAAGUCAAGCCAGCAAAUUGUUUUGAAAACAAUUUUUUCUACACGAAGAAUCGAGAAACUGAAAAUCGAUAAUUCAUUCAAAAUGAUGAGAAAUGUACAUUGAUAUUUUAUUAAUUCAAAUUAAACGAUGGAGAUAAUAUACUUUCAAAAAUUAACUCGGAAACUUUAUUAGCUGAAUUAUGUCAAGUGUUUCUACCUUGAGAAAGUAUUCUUCAAGAUGGAUUUGCUACGAGGCUAAAUUAUAGUCUUAGUGGAACUAUUUAACGUAAUGCGGAUGAGUUAUCAAGAUUUGGCUUUAAAUUUUCGUCUUGUUUUCACAGUAAUAAAGCCGGAAUAAAAUGUAUCUAAUGAGACUUCAUUGUAAUUAAUUCGGUAAAAUUGUUUUAUUUUCGAGUCUUUUAAUUACAGUAGGAGAAGAAAAAGUAAUUUAUUCUAGUUUCAUUUGAGAAAAUAAAAAAAAAACUUCCUUAAAAAAAUUUUUAAUAAAAUUUUCUUUUAUACGAUUUUGGAAGGUUUUUUUCCGAAAAAAAAAUUCUCGAGGUUGGAACACUUGAGAAAAUUUGCCUCAUAAAAAAAAUUCUAUAAGCACCUUCAGUCUGACUGUUUUGGUAAAGAAUCAUUUAUUUUAAUUUAAAGUCGAUUUGAAAAAAUGUAUUUCACUUUAUAAAUCACUUUUUAUAAUGGAUUUUUUUUCUUUUUUUUUCUUUUUUUCAACCUCGUUUUCAACGACAUUCAGUCGGAUUUUAAUAUUUAACAAUUGAGUUAACUUUACAUUUCGAUAAAUCUUCAUUAAAUAAUUCAUAUUUUAUCAACCGUGUAUAUUGAAAGUCUAUCAUUUCCACCCCUAAUAUAAGAAAUAUGAAAUUCUUCCUUCACGACUGCGGAGAUGUUGUAUAAUAUAAAAAUGAGAAUAAAGAUGGAACUGUAUUAACUGAAAAUGUAUUGUACCUGCCCUUAUUAAAAAGUAUGACUUGGAAGAAAAUAUGACAUUUAUAUGUCGGACUUUUUAUUGAUUACAGAAUGAAAAUAACAGAAACAGUUUAUUUUCUAUUUGUACAAUGUCAUUUAUUUUCUGGUACUGCAAAAGGAAUGAUUGACAUUAUUUUUAUGUAAAGAUGGGU